UUCCGGGAGAUGAUAACAAUUAUGAAUGCGAUGAGAAUAUUUCAUGAAAGAUCCCCAAAUCAAAAUCAUUUCUGGCUCAAAAACGAUUUGUUCCAUGUAACUGAACCAGAGAUGACCAAAAAGCCAUGCAAACUCUCAAAAUGGAUUGGCAAAGCAAUGAUCAUAGUAGCCGUGUUUAUAUUCGCAAUACUUUUUAUGUGGCACAAGUUCUACAGCCAUAAAAUUGUAAGUCAGAAGAAUUUUACAUUAAAUGGAGAUGGAAAGCGCAAAACACAAGAUGAACGGUAUGCCGACUAUUUCAUUUUACGUAAAAAUAAAAUUAACCCGUUUUCAGUAAACUUUACUUUAAUGAACGAAAAUUUAUGUGAUGGAAGAACGUAUUUAAUAAUUAUUAUUCCUUCAAAAGUACAGAACAGUCGACAACGUCAUGCAAUACGUUCCACGUGGACAAUGGCAUCUUCUACAUUAGUUAGACAUGUGUUCCUGGUUGGAUAUAGCUUGAACACUUCAUGGAACGAUAACAUACGAAAGGAAAGCAGAGUUUUUAAGGACAUUUUACAAGGAGAUUUUAUGGAUUCAUAUUAUAAUUUGACAUUAAACAUUUUAAUGGGAUUAGAAUGGUCACAUUUGUUCUGUUACAAUGCAACGUUUAUUUUGAAAGCAGACGACGACACAUUUGUUAAUACUCCAUAUUUAUUACACGUUCUACAAACAAACGUCUCAUUUGACUAUAGAGGAGUCAUAAUCGGAAAACUAAAUAGAGACGGCAAAGUCAGACGCAAUGGGCUAUGGAAAGUAGGGAUCGAUUCAUACCCAUUUCCGCAUUACCCGAACUAUAUGUUUGGAAAUACAUAUUUAGUAUCCAGAAAUAUUGCAAAUAGACUUGUAAAGGCUUCCGAGUACAUGCCGUAUUUACCAAUAGAGGAUGCGUAUAUCACUGGUAUUUUGGCUAAAUCAAUAAGAACUAAACACCAGCAUAUUAAUGGCUUUACAUUCUGGUAUGAUACUCCGCCCAAAGCAUGUGAUUUUGUCAAUUCUAAACGGAUAACAGCGACUAAGCUGUCGCCAAGAAUGAUGGAAUUUAUAUGGGGGAAAAUAAACAGCAGGUAUCCAAACUGUUAGCCAAGGAUGUUUACAUCCAAACAUUAUCAUAUGUGUGUAAUCUGUAGCCUAUGAAGUAAUAUUUAAAUUAUACUUCCAUGGACUGAUAUAGUUACUAUUCAUAUUUUUUAUACACAGUUUGUAAAUAAAUAUUCUAAUAUGA